UUCAGAAGUCAAACCGUGAAGACGUGCGGAGUGCUUGUGCUCAAUAUAUGUUUUCUAACUAAACGUUAGUGUUAAAAUACCUUUUAACUAAUGACACUAAACCAAAACAUGCGAAAGUUUUUUCAAUACUAACAACGAAAUAAAAGCAAGCUAAGGCCCUAAUAAACGACUGUUAUAAAAACUAGCGCGAACAGCAAAGACACAAAAUCAAAGCAGUCCAAGAAGAGGAAGAAGCCAAAACAACGCGACAUCGACACCUGUUUGCCUGCAUUCCUGAACCUGUGCAACACUGUGCUCUUCGGUGUGUGUGUGUGUGUAUGUGUAUGUGUAUAUGUAAUAUUGAAGAAUACAAACUACCAGACGAAUUCUAUUUUUUAAACAGGGUUUAAAUAAUUAUCAAUUUGUUUGGCCAUUGCUGCAAUUGCAACACUUAGCAGCCGCCACGCCUGCGCAGAAGCAACAACAGCAGCAACCAUAACAGCAACAGCAACAACAUAAACACAAACAGAAACGAAAACCGGUUAGAGUGAGACGAGAAGACCGCACGCACACACAGCUGCAAGCAGCUCACAAACAUAGUUUGUAUUCGUUUUUUGUUUGCUUUUGCUUGGAAAAUAGAAAUAGAAGGAAACACACACAAAAAAACAACAAAAAGAAAAAGAAAUAAUCAAUUGCAAGUGGUGAAAAGUGUGACGAUAUACAAAGAAAACAAAAAGCCAAUUCACACGAAAUAAGAAAUUAGAAAUAAUUUGUGCCGUGCGCGGAAAUUGGGUAACAAAAAAAGAAAAAUAAUAAUAAUACAAAAAUUGUAAAAAUAUGUUUGCAUAAGGGUUAAUGCCCAAGUGCCUUAUCGCUAAACAAAUCGAUGGCCGUCGUAUAACGAAAGUGAAUUAAGGCCCCAAAAUAAUUGUAACAGCAGUUUCUCAACCUGUUUCGAGAGGUUGGCCCUUAUCUGAAACGCGGAGCCACUUGUUGUCCGAAUUGACACGCAACAACAGCCGCAACAACCAUUUGCCUGCUCUGUAACAUGUCACAAACUAAUGGAUAUUGAGCAGCAGCAGCAGCAGCUACAACAAUAACAGCAACAACUUCGAAACACACAUCAUGGAAGCCAGCAACAACAACAACAACAGCAAAGCAAUGACAUCCAACGUUGAGUCGCUGGAAAGUCGGGAUGAAGUUGACUUCAUAGCCGCCACGCACAACAACAAUAACGAAUAUGAGGAUUUACGCAGCGCCAGUGGCGUAGCAAUCAGCGCCAAAGGAACAAACACAACAGCAACAGUCACACCAAACAACGAACCAAAUGUCACCAAGAGCAACAACAAUAACAACAACAGCAGUAACAGUAACAGUAAUAGUAACAGCAACAACAAUUGCAACAGCAACACCUUAAAAAAGUCCAAGGAACGCCGCACACUCUUCAGCUUUGGCAGCAGCAAAAAGCAGAGCGCGGCCAACAAGUCAUCGAGCGCCAUUCCAGUCACCGCCUCUGACUCCGCUGCCACGCCUUCGAGGCCAGCAGCCAGCAGCAGUCUGCUGCUGCCGCCCACGCCGCCAGUGCCAAUUGGCACACCGCCGCGUCAACAUAAGUUCGUGAAGAGCAGCAGCAUUGCCCGCCUGCUGGGCAACACGUACAACGCGCGCAAGUUCGAACGCGAGGAGCAGAAGCGUCUGGCCAAUGAGGCCAGCGGCAAGUUCCAUACGUUUAGCGGUCGUCGUCGGAGCGGACCGGAGCGUCCGUAUCUGGAGCGAUUCAAGCGCAUGUCCAAGGAGGAUGGCGACAUUGCCGGCGAUGAUGAGUCGGUGCAGGUGACCAACGUGGUGACGCUGACUACAGAUUCGCGCGACUUGCAGUAUGGCAGUCGGCAGGAGCAUGUCGGACGCGUCGACGAUCAGCUGAGCACGAAGGCUAUGCGCACAUUGUCGCGCGGGCUCGGCAAGCUCUGGUGGAAGCGCACGCACAGCGUGGACAUCAGCACCCCCGAUCCAGAGUACAAAGUGUCCUAUCUGGGGAACGUGCUCACCGGCUGGGCCAAGGCAGGCGAGGGCUGCGUGGAGAAGCAGCUGAAUACCUUGUGGCGCAAUUACACACAGCACACCAAACCGGACGUGAUUAUGCGAGUGAAGGUGUGCGCCUCCGGGCUAAAGGCCACCACUCGGCAGCACGGCCUAACCGAGUAUUGGUCGAAUCGCAUCACCUACUGCUGUGCACCCAAGAACUAUCCGCGCGUCUUCUGCUGGAUCUACAGGCACGAGGGCAGGAAGCUGAAGCAUGAGCUGCGCUGCCAUGCAGUGCUCUGCAGCAAGGAAAAGAUUGCCCAGGACAUUUGCGACACACUGCGGGACAAUCUUGAGAGCGCAUUGCGUGAAUUUAAGCGCGAGAAAAUUCUGAAACAGAAUGCGCGUCUCAGCCUGGCGAAUGCCGUGUACGACAAUCCCAGCUUGCCCAAGCGGAAGAUCAUGCUGAGCGUGGGCGGCAACAACUACAGGCCGCCACUAGAGCGUUCCAAGUCGGCGCCUAAGCUGAUGGCCAUUGAGGAGGCCAUUGGCGAGGAGGAGGGCGACGAGAUCGAGGACACAAAUGAACCAGAAAUGAUGCCCUGCUGUCAGCGAGACUCACUGUACCCGGCCAUGACCCUGGGCAGGCGGCGCUGCCGUCGUGGUCAUUCCAUACGUCGCACGGGCAAAAUUCAAGCGGCAGUCAGCUGCUGCUCACAUCAAAUAGAGCCAAUGCUGGAGAGCCCGGAGCCGGCAAGCAGUGCGACGAGCAUAACAGCUCCGGCUGCUGCAUCUGUCAAUGAUGGCUCCGACUCGGACGAGUUUGAAAAGCUACUCAAGUUCGACACGACGUUAAGCAACGAGCUGCUUCCCUACUUUGACAUGCAGCUGCACAAGAACAGCAGCCAGAGCCUGGGCAGUCUCAGCGAGCUGCAGGUGGAGCCAGUGGAACUGGACGAAGAGGACGAGGUGGAACCGCACAGCCUGCUGCCCACCAUCAACAGCGAUCCCAGUGCCGAUCCGCAGGCGGACUUUGACAGCGACGAUGUGGUUCAUCUGCGCCGCAGCGGCGUCUGCAGCGACGGCGAGGAGGACUACCUGGACGAUGCGGACGAUCAUUACUUUCGGCAGGCGGCCAUGCUCACGAUGCUGCACCGCAGCUCGAUGCGCAAAAGGAACAGCGACCAGGCCAGUCUGCAAUAUCGUCACCAGCCGCAGUCCUCCAUCUCGUCCAAUGCCUCCAGCUCGACUACUGCCAGCGGCAUAGCGCAGAUUGGGGCAACUGGCGGUCAGCAGUGUCUAGCGAGUCCAGACAGCGACGAGGGUUCUAUUUCCAGUGGCUGUGAGACGGCCAGCACAGUCACCAAUGCCAACCAGGAGGAGUACAACAAGCCUCAGGGCAGCAACGUGCAGCAGCAGGUGCUUGAGCAAAUGCUGAUCUACCAAAGACUGGAGGAGUCGAAGCGCCGCCAGCAGUUGCGCCACAAUAGCGACGCCACCAAUUACAGCAGCUCCAGCAGCAUCACCCUGAAGCUGGGCCCUGCGUCGCCUGCAGAAUCAGUCAGCUGCUUGGAAGUGUCCGAUGCCAAGGAGCCACAGGAUGCCGGCAGCGUUUCGGACGACGACUCCGAGUGCAGUGAUGAGAGCGGCUACGUUGAGUUCCAGGAAAAGGAGCGCGUUCAGGCAAUUGCUGGCGCCGUUGCGAUGGCGGCAUCUGUCAAGCCACAGUUGCCACCCAAGCCAGCGCCGCGCCGCUCGCUCAGCAUCGGCAAAGCCGCAGGCACGGUGACACCGGUCUGAGGGCUUUACAACUGUGUCACCCACAUUGUUAUUUCUGCGCAUUGAUUUACCUAUUGUAGUCGUAGUCCUAGGUUAACUGUUAAGCUGUUUAUCGCAUAAGUCAUUUGUUGUUGGUCCAUCAUACAAAGAAAUAACCUAACGAUAUUAUUGUGUAAAUGUUACUUUUUUGCACAAAUCAUUUUAAAUACAUUAAUUAUUGAUUAUUUUUUUUGUUGUUUAGUCCCCAAUUGCACAUUUAUUUGUUUGUUUCCAUCGGGUUUCCUGGCACGCUCCCCCGAACCAAGUCUAUUCGCUCUGUAAAUAAGUAGGCGCCCUAAGCACUGCAUGUACUGUAUAUGUAAUCCAUGAAUUGUAUCUUACCUAUCUAUAUAAAUUAUUCUUAUGAAAUAUAUGCAACUAAAGUAACGAA